AUGGAGCUGACCUUCUCUCCUCUCAAUUCAAACUACGUCGUUUCAGCUGCACGACAACCCGGGCCUGCAGCCAGAAGCUUCUCGCCUGCUCUUCCCCUUUUGCGGAUCCUCCCAAGAAUUUCUGAACCUUUUUCGGCUUCAAAAUCUACAGGCUUUCUUUUACAAUCUUGGAAAGUUAGGUCGCGCAGUUCCUUCCGUGCUGUUGGUUUUGGUAAUACAUCAGCUGUAUCCGAUGAAUCGACUUCAGAUUAUGUGUCGCAAGGAGCUGACCAGCAAAUGGUGGAAACUUGUGACAAACUAAUUCAUGCGUUUUUGUUUGACAACCCCAAACCAACUGAUUGGAGAACUGCAUUAAUUUUAAGCAGACAAUGGGGCACUAUUGCGCCUCAUUUCUAUAAGAGAUGUCAGGACCGAGCAGAUAGUGAGAAUGAUCCUGCUAUGAAGCUUCAGUUGCUUCGGUUAGCUAGGAAAAUGAAAGAGAUUGACAUUGACGUUCAAAAGAACAAUGAGCUCGUUGAUGCAAUCCGAAAAUCUCCGACUGAGGUGCGUGAAAUUGUAUCCAGACGUCGCAAGGACUUCACCAAAGAAUUUUUUGAGCACUUUCAUACCGUGGGAGAUUCAUACUAUGAUAAUCCAGCAGAACAAAAUGCACUAAAUGCUGGAAAAUUGAAUAUCCAAGACAUAAUUAAUUCUCCUUCAGCAUCUGCUGCUCCCCAGCUGGAUCUCACCAAAAAUGCUGGACAAUUGAAUAUCCAGGACCUAAUUAAUUCUCCUUCAGUAUCUGCUGCUUCCCAGCAGGUUGGCAUUUUGGCUGAGAAAAAUCAGUUUGGUUCGGCUCUGGAUCCCUUGAAUAUAAAAGCUUGGGCAGGUACCAAGGAGACAAGCAUGACGAAAGAAGAGGUGCAAGAUACAAUGUAUCAUUUGUAUACAACUGCCGUACGUAAUACCCAGAUGCGUGUGCCGAAAGAUGUCAGGAUACUCAAGUAUUUGCUCACGAUUGAAAACCCUGAAAGGCUGAUGAGUGCUUUAAACGAUGCUUUUACCCCUGGUGAAGAAUUUCAAGGAACGCAUGUAGACACCCUCUACACGACCCCCCAGAUACUGCAUGCCUUUAUUAAGACCCUGGUGGAUGCGUAUCAUUCCAGCCAAGAGGGCUCUGUCAUGAGGCAAGCCCGGGAUUUAAUGAAUCCAGAAUUCAUCCAAAAACUGGAAAAAUUGGAGAAGAUAAUCCGGGAUAACUUCUUGUGA